CACCGGUCGACACACUCACGCGCUAGCGAUCUCUUCUCGUAUUAUCAGCUGCGUUCGGUGCAGAAGUACAGAAUUCAACGCUAUCCGUAUUCCUUCCGCGUGCCAUUAUCGUUAUCGGCGGCACUUGUUUGUUAUCAAACUUUUCGCAAUAACAAACCCAAACGUGCCCGGUCGGGCCUAUAGAGCCAGCGUCAAAACGGUAAAUACUCUUGCGUUUGUGGUGUUGUACCCUUUUUCAAUGUUCACUUUUCGGAACUGGAGGUCGACGUGUCUUCUAAAAUAUAGUGACUAAAAUGAAGAUUAUUUAUUGAGAUUUAUCUCUUGACGCUAGUGCGACGAAAAAAAAAAAAACGCCCAACUUACAUCAAUUGACGGUCCUUCUGUUAAUCAUUUUGCGUUUCAACAUUGUUAAUUCUUAUUAUUUAUAUAAUAUCUACGUGUGUUUUUAUUUUUACGUGAACUUCGUAUUGCUACUAUUACCGUUGUUUCCCAUAUCGAAGCUUCUUAUUUAUUUUUCAUUUAAAGUUAGGUUGAGCAGUAGCCAUCAGAAGACUCUUAUUUUAUUUACUGUUAGGGAGUUAAUCUGUUCUACUUAAAUAUUUGAUAAGUGUGUAUGUUCAUACACAUUUUGUCAUUUGAUUUAUUUUUGUAUUGUUUGGACAUUAUCACUUAGUCCUGUGAUUUGUUACUACAAUGAACUCCACGGACGAUGAAUAUUGGAAUGAAAAAAGUUUUGAAGGAUUUAGCUUUGAAGAUGAGGAAAAAGAAUUGAAUUUAAUUCAGAAAAUUCCACCCGAAAGUGAAGGUUUACAGAUUGGAUCAACAAAAGCUAAAUUACAAAAUGUUGAAUCAUUGGAUACACUACUUUCAAAAGAAAUUUUAGAUAAAAUAUUUAUAAAGCAAGAUUCAAAGUCAAAUAAAAUAAAUUCAACUCAAAAAAAAUUGAAGGGUGUCAAAUCUACAAUAGAAAAUAUUGUAAUGUCUCAUACAUAUACACUAGAACCAUAUCACAGCUUAGAAGAAAAAAUAAUGUUGUUAAAAGAAGCUUUGGAUACAGAAGAUGGAAAUGCAAUAUUAACUGUUGUUAUAUUUUUGACAAACACUUUGAAGAAAGGUAUUUUCCAGCGUAUAUUACGUGAUAAUCCUAUUGCUGCUUCUCAUUAUGUUCAAUAUUUAUACUCUAAACAAUAUAUUGACGAAUUAGUCGACACUUUAGAAAUGUUGGGACGAACAAAAGAUGCAAUGAUGAUGCUAUUUAAAUUUGGAUGUCGAAAUCCACAAAACUGUCUGCAAAGAUUCAAUGUAUGUGCCAAUCUAUCAGACGAACAAUAUGAUAAGCAAAUUAUAUCACAACUUAUUCAUUUAGUUGGAAAAAGUGGACAAUUUGUGUCAGUUGUUUCGUUAGUAACUGACAAAUGUAAGGAGCAACAAAAUGUACAAUCAUGUCGUAUGGUGGCUAAUGAAUAUAAUCUGAGUGCUAAACAGUUGGAAGCAACAUUGCUGAUGACUUUUUGUCAACUACAAAAUUGGAUUCUUGUGGAUGACAUGUUGUUAAACAAAAAUUGGCUUGGAAAGGAUAAAUUGGCUUUAUCAUUACCUAUCGGUGAAACCGUUAAACUAUUACACAAUAAUGGUGCUCCAUCAUCUUCAUUAACCCGUUAUAUAAAAAUAAUUAAAGAUUCAGAUGAACGUUUAGAAUUGGCUAAGAAAUUCAAUUGUCACCAUAUAAUAAUUGAUGAUUUUGCAUUCAAAAAAGAUCGUAGGGGAUUAUUAGUAUACAAGACAACUUUACAAAAACAAUCUGAAAGCUAUUAUUAUGCCGAUGUAAUUUUAAAGAGUCCAAAUAUGAAGUGGAAAAAUUAAUAACAUUAGUUAUAACUCAUUAGUCAAUACCAAAUUUAUCACAAGUGAACCCCUUUGAACAAAUGUAAGACUGAGACAGAUUAUUCAUGAUUUAUAAAUUAUUCACUAUUCACUAUUAUUUGUCAUAACAAUUAAUUUAUUUUAUCAUUAAAUUAAAUAUUAUUUUUAAAUUGAAACAUUCAUGCUAUUUUUGUAUGAUUUAAAUUGUAUAUAUUUAAAAAUAUAAAUAAAUUGAACUGUUACCAAAUUGCAAUGUA